CGCUUGUUGGACGGAGUUCUUUUUGACAGAAACUGUUGAAAGAACGGAGGCAUAAAACUUUUGGUGAUUACUGGCGGUAGAAUAAAUUUUCAGGUUUCGUAAUGUCUGUAUAAAUGCUGAAUAAAGCCGAUAACGUAAAUGAUUGUUUGACGUUGUGCUAAAUUUCGGAAAAUAAUCUAUACAAUGCCGCCAAAAAAGGAUAAUAAACAAAAUGUACAGGAGAAGAAGGGUAAUAAAAAACCUGCUAAACCGAAAAAAACACCGGCUGUUGUUUGCGGUUUUAAGAGUCCUGGACCCAAAUACAAAUUGGCCACUUUGGUCGGAUACGAUGGUCAUGACACAACGAAAUAUCGGAAUCCAGCAUACACCUUCCGAUUGAGACAAACAGGAGUGGACGUAUGCGAUGGGCCCGGUCCAAAAUAUAUGGUAAACAUGAACCGUUUUGGGCCUUACACGUCACCUGGUUAUUCGAUUGGCUACGCAGCUACAACUUUUGGUUCAUUUUGUGGACCGGGACCAAAAUAUAUGGUCCGUGAUCAUGGACCUAGGGCUCCUGCAUUUUCCAUAAAAUGGCGAACAAAUCCAAGAGCAGGUAGUGGGACUCCAGGACCAUAUAAUAUACCAUCUACUAUAGGACAAGGUCCAGCUUUUUCGAUGGGUACCAGAGGAGCUACCGGUGUCUGUGAAACUGGUCCUGGUCCAAAAUACGGCCUAUUUGAUUUAUGCGUAGUAAAACCGUGCCCACCGAAAUUCAGUUUAGGCUACAGACAAACUGGGAAUUUAGCGUGUGAUGGACCAGGGCCCAAAUACAUGCCAAAGAUACCAACUUGUAACGAGAAUCCCGGAUUUACAUUUGGCAUUAAGCACAGCGAAUGCGCACCACCUUUAGUGACAGAAUGUGACGAAAAGUGUUGACGUUCGUAAAUUGAUAUCUAUUUUAUGAAAAAUAAGGGACUUUUUAAGAUAUGUAUCCCAUCCUUGAUCCAACCCAUUGAUUUGUUGAAAUUAUAUAAUGACGACAAUAGAAUUUAGAA